UCACUGUUUAUGCAACUAAACAAAAUUCUACUAACAUCACACUUUUUCACCCUUAUUAUUCUCCUUCUUUUUUAUUAUUCCAUAUUUUAGCAUCGUUUCACCACAAAAGUUCACUCCAUAAAAAUCAUUACUUUUUCUUAUAAAUUCCCAAACCAAAUUUAAAGUGAAGAAAUUUCACAAACCCAUCAUUAAAAAACAAAAACAACAAAAACCCAGAAAAAAAGACUUGUUUUUUCUGUCUUGUUGAAGUAAUGGGUGCUUUGAUUGAUCAUUGAUCUUUAAAAAAAAACCCAGAAAAAAAAAUCAUGGAUUUUGAUGUUGGAACUUCUCGAUGUCGUAUAGUGGGUGAUUAUAUAAUCGGGCCGAAAAUCGGGUCGGGUUCAUUUGCAGUAGUUUGGAAGUCAAAGCAUCGUGUUUUGGGUACUGAGUUUGCUAUUAAAGAGAUUGAUAAGAAGCAUUUUAAUGAAAAUUUAAGGAAGGAGAUUUCUAUUCUUAGAAAUAUCACACAUCCCAAUAUAAUUCGUCUUUUUGAAGCAAUUGAGACAGAGGAAAGGAUUUUCUUGGUGUUGGAGUAUUGUGAAGGUGGUGACCUUGGAGCUUAUAUUCAUAGACAUGGAAGAGUGUCAGAAGAUGUUGCUAGGCACUUCAUCAAGCAGCUGGCUGCAGGAUUGCAAGUGCUUCGUGAGAACAAUCUUAUCCAUAGAGAUUUAAAACCUCAGAACCUACUAUUGUCUGGAAGGGAGGUAACUCCAUUGCUGAAGAUAGGUGACUUUGGCUUUGCUAGAUAUUUGACUCCUCAAGGCUUGGCUGAUACACUUUGUGGUUCACCACUGUAUAUGGCUCCUGAGAUAAUUCAGAACCAGAAAUAUGAUGCGAGAGCUGACUUAUGGAGUGUUGGAGCAAUAUGUUAUCAGCUUGUGGUCGGAAAACCACCAUUUGACGGCAAUAGUCAGCUGCAGCUUUUUCAGAAUGUUUUGAGAGCCAAAGAGCUGCAAUUCCCGGAGGGCUCUCUUCAGGUUCUGCAUCCUGACUAUGUGGAAUUCUGCAGAAGCCUCUUGCGUCGAAAUCCAGUUGAAAGACUAACAUUCGGUGAAUUUUUCAAUCACAAGUUCUUGAUGGUUCCCAGGGUUGGGGUCAAAGCAGAUUCGUCUUCUCAGAUUUCUCAAGUUGAACCUCUGGUUCGAGGUGAUGAUCAGGGUCCUCGUUUGCAUCAUGAAGAUGUAGUGAAAGCACCUGAAGAGAGUGUGAAACGGGGUUGUUCUUUGAAUGAUGAGAAUAGGGAAUUUGGCAAGGAUCAUUGUAGUACAUCUCGUGGUAAAGAUGUCUCCGAAGUUGUGCCUGAUAUCUCUACUGAUAAAAUUAGGCACUCUGUUGAGGAUGGCUCACACUCAUUGGGUCAGACUCGAGUUGCUUAUUCAUUGGAUUCUAUUGAAGGAGAAUAUGUUCUCGUUCAUUCUAAUUUUGCUUCAAUGGAAAUUCUCACUUCUUCUCUGGGAAUUUCCCUGAAAGAAGGUUCAGCUAUCAAAGCUUCUGACUUCGGACCAAAGAAUAAUGACAAGCACUUGCCUACCAUGCCAGAGAUGAACGAAUUGACUUCCAAACUUGUUGGUGGCUCUGACAAUAGUUUACAAAGUGAAAUGAAUUUAUUAACUACAAGUGGUGCACCUUGCUUAUUAGGGGAAGCACAAGAACUACCUAUAUUACAUCCUUCAACGAGGCUGCAACUUAUACACCAGUAUGUGGGUGCUCUUUCAGAUCUUGCACGAGAGAAGUUCAAUGCAGAAUUCUUUCUGGAAUCAUUUUCAGUUGAAUUGGUAGUUUUGGCUCUGUGGAAGAAGGCAUUACGAAUUUGCAACUCUUGGAUGCUACAAAGUGGUCUAUCUGAUAGCUCUUCAGGAAAGAAGUCCGCUGGUGAAGGAGCUGCAAGUUCUUCCUCAAAAACGGAAGACACCACAGACUUCAUGAAUCCUUCCUCGGUAUCUAUCUGGGCCGAGCAAGGCUUUAUUGAUGCAUAUGAUGGAACAGAAAAAUUAUCCAAGUAUCUGCAGGAUGUUGAUGGUGGGGAGGAGAUGCCAGAUGCUAUGGAGAUUAUAUUUCAAACAGCUAUUGCUGCGGGGAAAGAUGGAGCAGCAGAUGAAUUUGUUGGGAAUCGAGAUAGUGCUGCAGUGAUGUACACCAGAGCUCUGCUUUUGUUUUCUUUCAUUGUUACAGAAGCUCCAUCUUUACCACUGAAUCCUCCAUUUUCUCUAGCUCCGGACUGUAAUCAACGCGUCCUCAAAUAUAUUAAGAGCUUAGAGUAUCAUCUGAGUCACUCACGGGUCUCAGGCGUCGGAAUUAAGUAAAUACAAGAUAAUGUACAGAAAUUCUUAGACUAACAUUGGACAGGUUGCUGACUCCUGACAUGAUUUCAGAAGGCCAUGACCAAAGAAGGUUACAGAGUCAUAAGAAGUUUGGUAAUGACAUCACACAAGAGAUGCCACAUUUUUGCUCUUUUUAAUCAGAGUAAAACAUAGGAGCGCAUGUACAUAUUGACUGUCUAUUCUUUACCUGGACUGUAAAUAUCAGCAGCAGGAUUAUGUGUAUAUUUGGAUUUACAUGCAAAGUAUGGAUUUGUACUUUCAUUGAAAUAAAGAGGGUAAAAGCUGACCUGUCAUUGUUUAA